GCGCCAUCUGUCUUGAGCAACCUGUACUAUCAUUCCGCCACCCAAGAUUCCUAACAAGAUUCGUCAUUAUUUGAAAAUUGAAUAUUGAAUUGAAAAUUUCGCGAAACAGAAAAUCACCGAUAUUUUUCAUUUAUAGGAGUGGGUCGAAUCGAAGAACAUCAACAUGAUAUAGAAAAAACUCCGAUCGGAAUUAGAAUUCAAGUAAUUUCUUGCUCUCGUCACCCAAAAUGGGAGAUUCGUUGGAUAAUACCACCCUGGAGCAAAAUUCCGAAGAUCAUUCGACAUCUAUCAUAGAUGCCAAUGUUUUCCUAUCCUAUUUGAAGAAGCUAAUCACGGUGUUACUUCAAGAAGAAGGCGAAGAUCUGAAUACCGCUCUAAAUGUGGCGUUCGAAGACCGUUCAACUCUAGAAUGCAUCAAGAAAUUUCUAUCCGAUUCUCAAGUUCAAUCUUUGUUCAUUCAAAAAGGAAGCAACAAAGAUGACGAAGCUGAACCCGGUACCGAAAACGAAGAAGACAAAGAACUCAUCACCGUUCUCAUAUCUAACGCGGUUCAUUUCACUAAUCCGAAGAUGAGCAGUAUGGCUUUGAUCAAACGAAGCACUGUCGUCGAGGCGGAUAAAUCUUUGAACUCGCAAAUUCGUAUUAUCAAUUUUAGCGAAGGGUCUCCGUACGAAACGCUUCACGCAUUUAUUAGCAAAACUAUGGCUCCGUAUUUUAAAAGUUACGUUAGAGAAACCGGACGCGUCGAUAGAGACGGUGAUAAAAUGGCACCAUCGGUUGAAAAGAAAAUGGUCGAAUUGGAAAUGGGAUUACUACAUCUUCAACAGAACAUCGAUAUACCUGAAAUAUCUCUAAUAAUUCAUCCUGUAGUUGCUACUGUGAUUAAAAAAUGCGCCGAAGAGAAUCGCAAACCUAAAGUUGCUGAUUUUGGCGAUAAAGUCGAAGAUUCAACUUUUCUCAAUCAGUUGCAAAAUGGCGUUAAUCGAUGGAUUAAAGAAAUCCAAAAGGUGACUAAACUCGAUCGUGAUCCAUCAAACGGUACUGCUCUUCAAGAGAUCAGUUUUUGGUUGAACUUGGAACGAGCUUUGCACAGAAUUCAAGAAAAACGAGAAAGUAUCGAGGUAGCUCUCACGUUAGAUAUCUUGAAACAUGGAAAAAGAUUCCAUGCUACUGUCAGUUUCGAUACAGAUACAGGAUUGAAACAAGCUUUAGCUACUGUCAACGAUUACAACCCGUUAAUGAAAGAUUUUCCAAUCAAUAAUCUGCUAUCGGCCACCGAAUUAGAUCGUAUUCGCGAAGCUGUGCAACAGAUUUUCCAGCAUUUGCGUAAAAUUCGUAGCACCAAGUAUCCUAUGCAACGUGCAUUGAAACUAGUCGAAGCCAUUUCUAGAGAUUUGAAUACUCAAUUGUUAAAAGUCUUGGGAACUCGUAGGCUAAUGCAUAUUCCAUUUGACGAAUUCGAAAAAGUUAUGGCUCAAUGCUACAGCGUAUUUUCGUGCUGGGAUGACGAAUACGAUAAGCUUCAAGCUUUACUUAGAGACGUCGUUAAAAAGAAGCGCGAAGAACAAUUAAAAAUGGUAUGGAGAAUGUCCCCAGUACACAAACGUUUACAAACUCGCAUGGAGCACAUGCGUCGUUUCCGGCAUCAACACGAACAACUGAGAACUGUAAUAGUUCGUGUUCUACGCCCGAACAUUGGAACUACUCCUGAUCGUGCUGAUGGCGAUCAAAUUAUGAAUCCUGGAUCUAACGAGCAACUCGACGAGUCUGCUUUCGAUUCAGCUGAUUCGAGCGCCAUCGAGGAGGUGAACUUGGCCUAUGAGAAUGUAAAAGAAGUAAAUUGCUUGGAUAUGACUCGAGAGGGUCAAGAAGCUUGGGAUGCGGCUGUGAACAGAUACGAAGAACGGAUAGAUCGAGUUGAAGCUCGAAUCACUGCUCAUCUUAGAGAUCAACUUGGCACUGCGAAAAAUGCCAACGAAAUGUUUCGUAUUUUUUCGCGAUUCAACGCGUUGUUUGUUCGACCUCAUAUUCGAGGAGCCAUACGUGAAUACCAAACGCAACUUAUCCAAAGGGUCAAGGAUGAUAUUGAAGCUUUACACGAGAAAUUCAAAAUUCAGUAUCCUUUGAGUAAAUCUUUCCGCAUGAGUCAAUCGAGGGAUUUACCUCCAAUUUCCAGUUCUAUAAUUUGGGCUAAACAGAUCGAUCGCCAAUUAACCAUGUACUUAAACCGAGUCGAAGCAGUAUUAGGUAAAGGUUGGGAGAACCAUAUCGAAGGUCAGAAAUUAAAAGCAGACGGUGACAGUUUCCGCCUAAAAUUAAACACGCAAGAAAUCUUCGAUGAUUGGGCUCGUAACGUGCAACAACGAAAUUUAGGCGUCAAUGGUAGAAUUUUCACCGUCGAAAGUACUCGGUCUCGGACCGGACGAGGAAAUGUUAUGAAAUUGAAGGUGAACUUUUUACCCGAAAUUAUCACCUUGUCCAAGGAAGUGAGAAAUUUGAAAAAUUUAGGAUUCCGAGUACCAUUGGCCAUCGUAAAUAAAGCUCAUCAAGCUAAUCAACUUUACCCCUUUGCUAUCUCGUUAAUCGAGAGCAUUCGUACUUACGAAAGAACUUUGGAAAAGCUCUCACAAAGGAGUUACGCUCCAAACGCGUCUGGAAAGAUGGAAGAUAAAACCAGUAUUAUUCCUCUAGUGGCUGGAUUACGUAAAGAAGUACAAUCGUUAAUAGCUGAAGGCAUCCAACUCGUUUGGGAGAGUUACAAAUUGGAUCAAUACGUACAACGGCUCGCCGAACAAGUUUUCAACUUCCAAGAAAAAGUUGAAGAUUUAUUGGUCGUUGAAGAACAACUGGACGUCGAUGUUCGGUCACUGGAAACUUGCCCAUACUCGGCUAACACUUUGGCUGAUAUUUUGGCCAAAAUACAGCACGCCAUAGAUGAUUUGUCUUUGAGACAGUAUUCCAAUUUACACAUUUGGGUGAACCGAUUAGAUCAAGAAGUUGAGAAAAAUCUAGCUGCGAGGCUUCAAGCCGGAAUUCAAGCUUGGACUGAUGCUCUAGAGGGUAAAAAGAAGGAUAUAGAUUUGAGUAUGGAUACAGAUGCUCCAGCUCAACCUACUCAUAAGCCUGGUGGCGAGCCACAGAUUUAUGUUCUAGUCCACGAAGUAAGAAUCACGAACCAGAUCAUGUAUCUGUUCCCAAGUGUGGAUGAAGCUCGAGUUCACAUUCUGCAACAGUUGUACGCUUGGCAGGCUAUCGUCACAUCGCAGACUCGUUUACAGAGUACUAGAUAUCAAGUUGGAUGGGAUUGUCCCACUCAUGAAACGUAUAGAAAUUUAAUCACCAAGUUGCCUACCGGUAGUGCUGUCAUGGGAAGUGCUUACGAAGCUAUCGAUAACAAAAUUAAACAAAUUAAAGAAUACGAACAAGAAUGGCUUCAAUAUCAAGCCUUGUGGGAUUUGCAAACCGAUAUGUUGUACAAUAAAUUAGGCGAAGAUAUUAAUUUAUGGAUGAAAUGCUUGAAAGAUGUCAAAAAAUCUCGUACGACUUUCGAUACGACAGAAACUCGUCGUGAAAUUGGACCCUUUGUCGUCGAUUACGCCAAAGUCCAGAGUAAAGUAUCCCUCAAAUACGAUUCCUGGCAUAAAGACAUUCUAACCAAAUUCGGAGCUCUGUUAGGCAACGAGAUGAUCACGUUCCAUGGUCAAAUAUCUAAAUCUCGUAACGACCUCGAACAACAAUCCAUCGAAGCAGCCAGCACCUCGGACGCGGUCUCCUUCAUCACCUACGUCCAAGCACUGAAACGUAACCUGAAAAGCUGGGAAACCCAAGUAGAAAUUUACCGCGAAGGUCAGAAAAUCCUCGAACGACAACGCUUCCAUUUCCCCAACAACUGGCUACACGUCGACAACAUCGAAGGCGAAUGGGGCGCCUUCAAUGAAAUCAUGAAACGUAAAGAUUCCUCGAUUCAAGCUCAAGUUCAAAGCCUCCAGAUGAAAAUCGUCGCGGAAGACAAAGCCGUCGAAACCCGAACCAAUGACUUCCUAAACGAUUGGGAACGCAGUAAACCCGUCGAAGGAAGUACUCGACCCGACGACGCUCUCCAACAACUUCAAAUGUUCGAGUCGAAAUUCGCUCGAUUGAAAGAAGAACGCGAUAACGUUGCCAAAGCGAAAGAAGCGUUAGAGUUACAAGACCCUGGCGGAAUCAGCACCAACGACGAUCGUAUGACGGUGGUGUUCGAAGAGUUACAAGAUUUACGUGGAGUCUGGUCCGAGUUGAGUCGUAUUUGGGCGCAGAUCGAUGAAAUCCGAGAAAAACCCUGGUUGUCCAUUCAACCUCGUAAACUUCGUCAACAACUCGAUACGUUAACUACGCAGUUGAAAGAGCUACCGGCUAGAUUGAGACAGUAUUCAUCGUACGAGUACGUGAAACGACUUUUGCAAGGAUACAGCAAAGUCAACAUUAUGGUUGUCGAGUUGAAAUCAGACGCUUUGAAAGAACGUCACUGGAAACAACUGAUGAAAAAGCUUCGCGUCAACUGGGUUUUAUCUGAUUUAACUCUGGGACAAGUUUGGGACGUUGAUUUACAAUCCAACGAAUCGAUCGUCAAAGAAAUCAUUCUAACUGCUCAAGGAGAAAUGGCAUUGGAAGAAUUCUUACGCCAAGUACGAGAAUCCUGGCUGUCUUACGAGUUGGAUUUGAUCAAUUACCAGAAUAAAUGUCGUCUUAUCAGAGGCUGGGAUGAUCUUUUCAAUAAAGUCAAAGAACAUAUUAAUUCAGUCGCUGCGAUGAAACUCUCGCCGUAUUAUAAAGUAUUCGAAGAAGAAGCCUUAUCCUGGGAAGAGAAACUGAACCGUAUUAACGCCCUGUUCGACGUAUGGAUCGACGUGCAAAGACGAUGGGUCUAUUUAGAAGGUAUAUUUUCCGGUAGCGCCGAUAUUAAAACAUUAUUACCAGUCGAAACGUCCAGAUUCCAGAGCAUCAGCUCGGAUUUCUUGGGAUUGAUGAAAAAAGUCUCGAAAUCACCCAAAGUAAUGGACGUACUGAAUAUACAAGGUGUCCAAAGAUCAUUGGAACGUUUAGCCGAUCUCUUGGGUAAAAUUCAGAAAGCGCUGGGAGAAUAUUUAGAACGUGAAAGAACCUCGUUCCCCAGAUUUUACUUCGUAGGAGACGAAGAUCUUCUGGAAAUUAUCGGUAACACCAAAAAUAUCGCCCGAUUACAGAAACAUUUCAAGAAAAUGUUCGCCGGAGUUUCGUCCAUCUUGUUAAACGAUGAUAAUACAAUAAUUACUGGUAUUUCAUCUCGUGAAGGCGAAGAGGUCAAGUUUAUCACGCCAGUAUCGAUCAUAGAACACCCGAAAAUCAACGAAUGGCUCACAAUGGUAGAGAAAGAGAUGAGAGUCACCUUAGCUUCGUAUUUAGCUCAAGCUGUUCAAGAAAUGAAACAUUUCAAAGACGGUAACAUCGACACGGUUACUUAUAUGAAUUGCUGCGAUAAAUACCAAGCCCAGAUCGUCGUAUUAGCCGCUCAAAUCAUAUGGAGCGAAGACGUAGAAGCCGCUUUGCAAGCGAUUAGUAACUCCGAUGGUAAAUCUGGCUCAUUGCAGCCUCUAGAAAAAGUUCUCACUCAAGUGGAAGGCACUUUGAACAUGUUAGCCGAUUCUGUACUCCAAGAACAGCCUGCUCUUCGUAGAAAGAAACUGGAGCAUUUAAUCAACGAAUUCGUACACAAGAGAACAGUCACCAGGAGACUUCUGUCGAGCGGUGUGAAUAACCCCAGAUCAUUCGAAUGGCUCAGCGAGAUGCGUUUCUAUUUCGAUCCGAAACAAAGCGAAGUCUUGAGACAACUCACAAUACACAUGGCUAAUGCGAAAUUCUAUUACGGAUUCGAGUACCUAGGUGUGCAAGAUCGUCUGGUCCAAACACCGUUGACAGACAGGUGCUAUUUAACGAUGACCCAAGCCCUAGAAGCACGACUGGGUGGUUCACCUUUCGGACCAGCCGGUACUGGAAAAACUGAAUCGGUCAAAGCCCUCGGACAUCAGCUGGGUAGAUUCGUGCUGGUCUUCAACUGCGACGAAACGUUCGAUUUCCAAGCCAUGGGUAGGAUUUUCGUCGGUUUGUGCCAAGUCGGAGCGUGGGGAUGUUUCGACGAAUUCAACAGAUUGGAAGAGAGAAUGUUAUCGGCUGUCUCGCAGCAAAUUCAAACUAUUCAGGAGGCGUUGAAAUCGCAACAAGAUGCCAAAAAAGAAGGCAGCCUUACCGUCGAGCUGGUCGGUAAACAGGUCAAAGUGUCGGUUGAUAUGGCCAUAUUCAUCACCAUGAAUCCGGGUUACGCUGGAAGAUCCAAUUUACCCGAUAAUUUGAAGAAAUUGUUCAGAUCUUUGGCCAUGACGACCCCUGAUAGGCAGCUGAUCGCUGAAGUCAUGUUGUUCUCGCAAGGGUUCAGGUCUGCGGAGAAAUUGGCUUGUAAAAUUGUACCGUUCUUUAAGUUGUGUAGCGAACAAUUGUCCAAUCAGUCGCAUUACGAUUUCGGUCUUCGAGCUUUGAAAUCAGUCUUGGUGUCAGCUGGUAAUGUGAAACGUGAUAGAAUUCAACGAAUUAAAGAGCAUAAGAAGAGUUCCGGUGAUUCGAACGUCGAUGAGACUUCUAUCGCCGAAAAUCUGCCAGAACAAGAGAUUUUGAUUCAAUCAGUUUGCGAAACAAUGGUUCCCAAAUUAGUCGCCGAAGAUAUUCCAUUAUUAUUUUCAUUAUUGAACGAUGUCUUCCCAUCUGUGGCUUACUCCAGAGCAGAAAUGACAGGAUUAAAAGAACAAAUCAAGAAAGUGUGCCAAGAAGAAUACCUCGUCUGCGGAGAAGGAGACGAACAAGGAGGUCCGUGGAUGGAAAAGCAUUACAUGGGAAUUACGUGGAUCGAGAAGGUUUUACAACUGUAUCAAAUUUGCAACCUGAAUCACGGUCUCAUGAUGGUCGGACCGAGCGGAUCUGGUAAAUCAACGGCGUGGAGAGUAUUGCUCAAAGCUCUAGAACGGUACGAAGGAAUUGAGGGAAUCGCUCACGUCAUCGAUCCAAAAGCUAUUUCGAAAGAAGCUUUGUAUGGUGUUUUGGAUCCUAAUACCAGAGAAUGGACUGAUGGUCUUUUUACACAUAUUUUAAGAAAAAUCAUCGAUAACGUGAGAGGUGAAAUAAACAAAAGGCAGUGGAUCAUUUUCGACGGAGAUGUGGAUCCUGAAUGGGUUGAGAAUCUUAAUUCCGUUCUCGACGAUAAUAAAUUGCUUACUUUGCCGAAUGGUGAACGUCUUUCGUUACCUCCAAACGUUCGAAUCAUGUUCGAGGUUCAAGAUUUGAAGUACGCCACAUUGGCUACUGUUUCACGUUGUGGUAUGGUAUGGUUCUCGGAAGAUGUCCUAUCAAUUGAAAUGAUAUUUGAAAAUUAUCUAGCCAGAUUACGUAAUAUUCCGUUGGAAGAAACCGACGACGAUAUGUCGUUCACGUCGUUCGUUGUGAAGAAGUCGUCUACUGAGACUUUACUCAACGAAGUGGAGAUUUCGCCUUCGAUGCAGGUUCAACUGGACGUAGCUGCCAUCUUGCAGACUCAUUUCUCUCCCGAUGGAAUUGUAGUAAAGAGUUUAGAAUACGGUAUGAAGCAAGAACAUAUCAUGGAUUUCACGAGACUUCGAGCUUUGAGCUCGUUAUUCUCGAUGUUGAAUCAAAGUGUCAGGAAUAUAUUGCAGUAUAAUCAUAGCCACUCGGAUUUCCCGCUUCAAAGCGAACAACUCGAAGCCUAUGUGCCGAAAAGCCUGGUGUACGCGUUAUUGUGGAGUUUCGCUGGAGAUGCGAAGCUCAAAGUUAGAUCGGAUUUAGGAGAUUUCCUGCGUUCCAUUACGACCAUCCCACUUCCGGCUAUUUCCAGCAAUAUGCCUAUAAUCGAUUACGAAGUGAGCAUAACCGGUGACUGGAAUCCUUGGUCUAAUCGUGUGCCUCAGAUUGAAGUUGAAACGCACAAAGUGGCCGCACCAGAUGUAGUGGUACCAACUUUGGAUACCGUUCGUCACGAAUCCCUUUUAUACACCUGGUUAGCGGAACACAAACCAAUCGUGCUUUGCGGUCCUCCUGGUUCCGGUAAAACGAUGACAUUAUUCUCGGCGUUGAGAGCGUUACCGGACAUGGAAGUAGUUGGAUUGAACUUCUCGUCAGCUACAACUCCGGAACUGUUGCUGAAAACUUUCGAUCACUAUUGCGAGUAUCGUAAGACUCCGAAUGGUAUCAUUUUAUCCCCAGUACAGCUGGGUAAAUGGCUAGUUCUGUUCUGCGAUGAAAUCAAUUUACCCGAUAUGGAUCAGUAUGGCACUCAAAGAGUUAUAUCGUUCUUGAGGCAAUUAGUCGAACAUCGUGGAUUCUUCAGACCAUCGGAUCAAACCUGGGUCACUUUAGAACGUAUCCAGUUCGUUGGUGCUUGUAAUCCACCUACUGAUCCUGGGCGAAAACCAUUAUCGCACAGGUUCUUACGUCAUGUGCCUGUGAUUUACGUCGAUUAUCCAGGAGAGACGUCUUUGAAACAGAUCUACGGUACUUUCAAUAGAGCUAUGUUGAGGCUGACUCCGUCUCUGAGAGGAUUCGCUGAACCUCUUACAAACGCUAUGGUUGAGUUCUACUUGGUAUCGCAGGAAAGAUUUACCCAAGAUAUGCAACCUCAUUACGUGUACUCGCCUCGUGAAAUGACUCGAUGGGUUCGUGGUAUCUGCGAAGCGAUCAGACCUUUGGAGAAUUUAUCUGUCGAAGGAUUGGUCAGAUUAUGGGCUCACGAAGCGUUACGUUUGUUCCAAGAUCGUCUGGUUGACGAAACUGAAAGACGAUGGACGAACGAGAAUAUCGAUCUGGUUGCCAUGAAGCAUUUCCCUACUGCUGAAAAAGAUACUGCUCUGGCUCGACCUAUUUUGUACAGUAAUUGGCUCUCCAAGGAUUACGUUCCGGUUGAUCGUAAGGAGCUGAAGGAAUACGUUAAGGCUAGGCUUAAAGUAUUUUAUGACGAAGAACUCGACGUACCUUUGGUCUUAUUCGAUGAAGUUCUGGAUCACGUUUUGAGGAUCGACAGAAUAUUCAGACAGCCUCAAGGGCAUCUUUUACUGAUCGGUGUGUCCGGUGCAGGAAAAACCACCUUGUCUAGAUUCGUUGCUUUUAUGAAUGGGUUAUCGGUGUUCCAAAUUAGAGUUCAUAAUAAAUACACCAGCGAAGAUUUCGACGAAGAUCUCAGAGCUGUUUUACGCAGAUCUGGAUGUAAAAACGAAAAAAUAGCGUUCAUCUUGGACGAAUCGAAUGUACUAGAGUCCGGAUUCUUGGAAAGGAUGAAUACGCUUUUGGCGAACGGAGAAGUCCCCGGAUUAUUCGAAGGGGACGAAUACAGCACUCUGAUGACUCAAUGCAAAGAGGGCGCUCAACGCGAAGGAUUAAUGUUAGACUCGAACGAAGAACUCUACAAAUGGUUCACCGGACAAGUGAUGAAGAAUUUACACGUCGUCUUCACCAUGAACCCAUCUUCGGAAGGAUUAAAAGAUCGCGCAGCUACAUCGCCUGCUUUGUUUAAUCGUUGCGUAUUGAACUGGUUCGGUGACUGGUCCGAUACCGCUUUGUUCCAAGUAGGAAAAGAAUUCACGUGCAGAUUGGAUUUGGACGGUCCGGCCAGUUGGAAGGUGCCAGAUUUCUUCCCAUCUGCGUGCAGCAUGGUUUCGUCAACUCCUACUCAUCGUAACGCUGUGGUCAAUGCUUUCGUAUACAUUCACCAAACGCUGCAUAAGGCUAAUGCCAGGCUCGUGAAAAGAGGCAGUCGCACGAUGGCCAUCACACCGAGACAUUAUCUCGAUUUUAUUAAUCAUUUCGUUAAACUACACCGCGAAAAAUGCUCCGAACUGGAGGAACAACAACUGCAUUUGAACGUCGGGUUGAGUAAAAUCGCCGAAACCGUAGAACAAGUCGAAGAAAUGCAAAAAUCAUUGGCAGUCAAAUCACAAGAACUGCAAGUUAAAAACGAAGCAGCCAACGCUAAACUCAAACAAAUGGUCAAAGAUCAACAAGAAGCCGAAAAGAAAAAAGUACAAUCGCAAGAGAUCCAGAACGAAAUCGAUAAACAAACCAUACAAAUUUCUCAAAAACAGGAACACGUCAAAGCUGAUCUGGCUCAAGUCGAACCCGCUGUCAUCGAUGCUCAACAAGCUGUCAAAGAGAUCAAGAAACAACAACUGGUCGAAGUCAGAAGCAUGGCUAAUCCUCCGGCCGUCAUAAAAGUCGCCUUGGAAUCAAUUUGUUUGCUUUUGGGGGAAACUGCCAACGACUGGAAGGCUAUUCGAGCUGUCGUAAUGAGAGAAAACUUCAUUAAUUCCAUCGUGUACUUCGAUACCGAAAGCAUCACGGACGAAGUACGAGAGAAAAUGCACUCCAAGUAUCUUAAUAAUCCGGAUUACUCGUUCGAAAAAGUCAACAGAGCUAGUAUGGCUUGUGGUCCUAUGGUUAAAUGGGCUGUAGCUCAGAUAAGCUACGCUGAUAUGUUGAAAAAAGUCGAACCUUUGCGAGAUGAAUUGAAAUCUUUAGAGUUACAAGCCGAAGAAAAUAAACAAAAGGGUGAAGAAAUGAAGGCACUCAUUACCCAAUUGGAAAAAAGUAUUUCGGCCUAUAAAGAAGAAUACGCUUUGCUCAUCUCUCAAGCAACCGCCAUCAAAACUGAUCUAGAGAAUGUUCAAGCGAAGGUUGAUCGAUCAAUCGCCUUAUUAAAAUCGUUAGGAAUCGAACGUGAAAGAUGGGAAGCCACCAGUGAAACGUUUAAAUCGCAAAUGGCCACGAUUAUCGGAGACGUUCUCCUUUCUUCGGCAUAUUUAGCCUACGCUGGAUAUUUCGAUCAGCACUAUCGUACCAACUUAUUCUCAGCCUGGAGCCACCAUCUGACUCAAGCAGGUAUACAAUACAGGCCAGAUAUCGCCUUGACCGAGUAUCUGUCUAAUCCGGACGAAAGAUUGAGAUGGCAAGCGAAUGCUUUACCUGCUGAUGAUUUGUGUACUGAGAAUGCCAUCAUGUUGAAGCGCUUCAACCGUUACCCGUUGAUAAUCGAUCCAUCAGGACAAGCCACCGAAUUCAUAUUGAACGAAUAUAAAGAUAGGAAAAUCACCAAGACCAGUUUCUUGGACGAUUCGUUCCGUAAGAACUUAGAAUCAGCGUUACGAUUCGGUAAUCCGCUCCUCGUACAGGAUGUGGAAAAUUACGACCCUAUCUUGAAUCCAGUCCUGAAUCGCGAACUUCGCAGAACCGGUGGUCGUGUCUUGAUCACGUUAGGAGACCAAGAUAUCGAUUUAUCGCCAUCGUUCGUUAUAUUCUUAUCGACCAGAGACCCUACGGUCGAAUUCCCACCGGAUAUUUGCUCCAGAGUGACGUUCGUCAACUUCACCGUGACCAGAUCGUCUUUGCAGAGCCAGUGCUUGAAUAAAGUGCUGAAAGCAGAACGACCAGAUAUCGAUACCAAACGAUCAGAUUUAUUGAAGUUGCAAGGUGAAUUCCAUUUACGUUUGAGACAAUUGGAAAAAUGCCUGCUGCAGGCGUUGAACGAAGCUAAAGGUAAAAUAUUAGACGAUGAUUCGGUUAUUACCACCUUGGAGACGCUGAAACAAGAAGCAGCCGAUAUUAGCAAAAAAGUCGAAGAAACUGAUAAAGUCAUCGCCGAAAUUGAAACCGUAUCGUUGCAAUAUAAACCUUUAUCUCAGGCUUGCAGUAAUAUGUAUUUCACGAUGGAUACCCUCAACCAGAUCCAUUUCCUGUACCAAUCUUCGUUGAAAUUCUUCUUGGAUAUAUUCAGUUCAGCGUUAUUGUCCAACGAGAAGCUGAAAACGGUCACAGAUUACGCAGCUAGAUUAAAUAUCAUCACUAAAGAUUUAUUCUCGAUUUGUUACGAACGAGUCGCUCGAGGUAUGCUGCACAACGACCGGCUUACUUUAGCUUUACUGCUGUGUAAAAUACAUUUGAAAGGAGUCCACACCGAACCCAGUUUGGAUGCGGAAUUCCAGUUCUUCCUUCGAGGCAAAGAAGGUGUCCUGAAUACCAAACCUCCUGCGAUCGAAGGGUUAAAUCAAGAACAGCUCGAAGCCAUGAUAAGAUUAUCGACGAGGCUUCCGGCGUUCAGAAAUUUACCGCAGAAAAUCCAAGAAAUGCCGGAAUUUGGCGCUUGGCUCCAACAAGGCACCCCGGAACAAUGCGUACCUCAGCUUUGGGACGAGAAAAAGCAACUUAGCGCCAUCGGUACCGCAAUGUAUCAACUUUUGAUUAUCCAAGCAUUUAGAGCUGAUCGUGCCAUAGCAGCUGCUCACAUAUUCGUCGACACGGUGUUGGGCGAAGAGUUCAUGAUGUCUGCCGAAAGAGAAUUGAAUUUGAGUAAGAUUGUCGAAGAAGAUAUACGUGCCAAUGUACCCGUAUUGUUGUGUUCGGUGCCCGGAUACGAUGCUUCGGGCAGAGUCGAUGAUUUGGCUGCCGAACUCGGUAAACAGAUCGCAUCCAUCGCUAUUGGAUCGGCUGAAGGGUUUAAUCAAGCUACCAAUGUUAUUAAUGCGGCUGUUCGUACUGGAAAAUGGGUAUUGCUCAAGAACGUUCACCUAGCUCCUCAGUGGUUAGUGCAGCUCGAAAAGAAACUCCAUAGUUUGCAACCUCAUACCAACUUCAGGCUGUUCUUGACUAUGGAAAUGAAUCCCAAAGUACCAGUCAAUUUGCUCCGAGCUGGUCGUAUAUUCGUGUUCGAACCACCGCCCGGUAUAAAAGCUAAUUUAUUGAGAACUUUCAGCACCGUUUCGGCUUCUCGUAUGAUGAAAAUACCCAACGAAAGAGCCAGACUGUACUUCUUGUUAGCCUGGUUCCAUGCCAUUGUUCAAGAACGUCUCAGAUACGUGCCAUUAGGAUGGUCGAAGUAUUACGAAUUCAACGAAUCGGAUCUUCGUGUUGCUUGCGAUACUUUGGAUACGUGGAUUGAUGCUACUGCCAUGGGAAGAACUAACCUGCCACCGGAAAAAGUACCUUGGGAUGCCCUGGUAACCUUAUUAUCUCAAUGCAUUUACGGUGGUAAAAUCGAUAACGAUUACGAUCAACGUCUGCUAUCAUCCUUCUUGUCGAAAUUAUUCACGGCGAGAAGUUUCGAAAGCGAUUUCGCCCUGGUCGCCAACGUAGACGGAGUAGCCGGCGGUCCUGGUGGUAAUAGACACAUAACGAUGCCAGACGGAUCGAGAAGAGAUCAUUUCUUGGCUUGGAUUGAAAAUCUAUCCGAUAGACAAACCCCGUCUUGGCUAGGAUUACCUAAUAAUGCUGAAAAGGUGCUAUUGACAACCAGAGGUACUGAUUUGGUGAGCAAGUUAUUAAAAAUGCAACAGCUCGAAGACGAAGAUGAAUUGGCGUACUCGGCCGAAGAAACGGCCCGAAUCAGCGAUGACGAGAAGCACGUCGAUGGAAGACCAUCCUGGAUGAAAACGUUGCAUAAUUCGGCCAGCACUUGGUUGCAAUUGUUGCCGGAAUCGUUACAGACGCUGAAAAGAACAGCCGAAAACAUCAAAGAUCCGUUGUACCGAUACUUCGAACGCGAGGUCAACUCUGGCUCGAAAUUACUCAAAGACGUGAUCCACGAUCUAGACGACGUUGUUUUAAUCUGCCAAGGAGAUAAAAAGCAAACCAAUUAUCAUCGAGCCAUGCUCAGCGACUUGGUCAAAGGUAUCAUACCGAGUAGCUGGAGAAGAUACACGGUGCCUCGAGGAUGUACCGUUAUCCAAUGGAUCACCGAUUUCAGUGAGAGAAUCAAACAACUGCAGCAAGUUUCUCAGCUCGUUUCGAAAGGAGCUCAACAGAUUAAGACUUUCCCUGUUUGGCUGGGAGGAUUGUUGAAUCCAGAAGCUUAUAUUACAGCUACGAGGCAGUGUAUCGCUCAGGCAAAUAAUUGGUCGCUGGAGGAGCUCGUUUUGGAUGUGACUAUCACCGAUUCGAAUAGCGUUGAGAAGAAUAUGCUGGAUGAGUGCAGUUUCGGUGUUACCGGAUUAAAAUUACAAGGAGCUCAGUGUCGCAAUAACCAGCUUUUACUUACCUCGACCAUAAUGACCGAGCUUCCGUUGAUUCUUCUGCGUUGGACCAGAGCUUCCACUACUUCUGUAAUGGACGCAUCAAAACGAGGCAAGCUAUCGCUACCAGUCUAUUUGAAUUCCACUCGUACCGAACUUCUAUUCACAAUCGAUUUGAACAUCGCCUCUGGUCAAGACCAUCAUAGCUUCUACGAACGCGGAGUCGCAAUUUUAACAUCGACCGCGUUAAAUUAGUCUUUAUAUUUUAAUAUCUCUAUUUCUGUGUCAAGUCGUCGAGCAUUUAUAAAUGUUUUACGUUUUUACGCAUUUUUUCGCUCUUCUUUUUUUUAGCAUAAUUUAUUACAUUAUUAUAUUUUUAUAUUAUUUAAUGCGCAUCGUUUAAUCAAAAAAAAAAUCGCGUUUUUAUACGUAUAUAAAACAAGUAUGAAGGAUCCUCUGGAAAGAAUUUCCUACGCUCAAUAGCUUGGUGUUUUUAUUUGUAUUUUUAUUUAGGUAAAUUGUUAAUAAUAAAUUAACAUUCCACUACAGUAUACUCGUAAUUUGUGAUUAACAUCGUAGAAAAAGUAUGAAUAUUUAUGUUACUCUAUUAUUCGUGUUGUAUUUUUUUUUGUCUAUGUGGUAUUCUUGUUUUUUUUUUCAAAUUUUUUUUUCUUCGGUUGUCAAGUUGUCCAAAGAUUAUCGUUUAUCGAACGAAUGUAUUACUAAUCGUGUUGUAAUUUAUUAUGGAUAAAUGCUUUUUAUUA